AUGAACUCGUCCGCGGCAACGAGGCUCGCCACGACAGCAGCAGCCGAAGGAAGUGACAGCCAGCAGCAGGAGGAUCAUGAUCAACCGGUGGACGGCACCGCAUCCGGCCCGCGCGGAGUACCCACGACGGGGGCCGACUCACAGGCCUGGGUGAUUAACUUCGCACCUAGGAAGCUAAUGCCGACGCGCAAGAUGACGAAGAAGGAGAGGGAAACCAUCCAGCAGUUGCGGCUGCGCAGUCAGACCAUCGGCGCAGGUGCACCGACUGCCACCAUGACCGCGCUGACAGCCGGUGGCGGCCUCGGCGCGGACAGCGAGGGAAACACUGUUGUCACACUUGGCGUCGGCACGUCAGCCGCGUCGCCGUCUGCGCCGCUACAGGUGGUUCACCUCGAAGCCCUCGCCGUAGACCGCGAGGCGCUCAUUCCAAGGAAUCUGCCGACGACGCGGGCCGACCUCGAGGUGCGGCUAGUACUGCGCCUUCCGCGCCUUCUGUGUGUAACCAAGCAGUACCCGCGCGGCUGCGGCAUAGCCUCGUUGGCGUCUGUGUACAACUACCUGUACAGCUGGCUCGGCGAGAGCGCCACCGGGGCCAACCGCGCACCGCACGCGCAGGAGGAGCUCAUGUCGAUCCUCGGCUUUGAGCCGCCCUUCGGCGACAUUGCGUGGGGGCCGUUCACCGGCAACGCCACCCUCAUCCGGUGGUUCCACGCGCUGAACCGGCACUUCGGCGUGCGCGGGCGCGCGUAUAUUCUGUACAAGGCCCACGGCAGUGGCAACACAGCGCACCUCUACGCCAACAACACCGAGGCGCUGGCAGCCGUGAAGGCGGCGCUGCGCGACCCGCACUGCGCCCUUAUAUACCACUGCUACAACCACUACAUGGUGCCGAUUGGUUACCAGGACAUACCGCUUGCGCAGACGGACUUCCUGAAGCCGACCGUGGCCGAGUCGAACUGUGACACGACCAUUUUCAUCGGGGAGGUUAGCCGCGGUCGUAACGAGGCGAUGUACGCGCGCAAGUGGUCGCAGAUCGUGAAGGAUAUCGAGUGCAAGUCACCCUUCUUCUUCAACAUUCGUCAUCCUGAGCAGGGCGUGCAGCGGCGCGAGCCCAGGAAGAGGUCGUGCAAGGCGGGGGUGAGCGAAGGUGCUGGCGUCGCUGCCCCGCAUGCGACCAUCGCCGUUACCACCACGGCGGCGGCGGCAACGGAACAGACGAAAGAGGCGGAGGAGUCGCAGCCACUGCAGCCGGAGCCGGAGUCGGAGGACCAAGAGCAGAAGGACAGGAGCUCGAGCAGGGCAUACAGCGCCGCUGCGACCAUCCUAGUUGCAUCGCCGAAUGCCCCUCCGGGCAGCGCCGCGACUGUGCCGCGCGACAUGAACGACAGGGAUGUCGACGUCGACGUCCUUGACAACGCAGUGCGCAGCACAAGCAACGAUGCGGUCGAGAUGGUGCCCUUUGCCGCCGCCACACCAUCGCUGCCGUCGGCGGCGUCUUCACCUUUGCAGCCGCCGCUGCCGCACUCCUCCCCGGCCCCAGGGGUGUCAACCAGCGCCCUUCUCAAACCUGACUUCGCUGAGCCGUCGGAGGACGCAGCUGGCAGCUUGUCCGUCACAACAGAGCCGCAGCCGCAGGUAGUGACGGAGGAAGAGCUGGUGGCUACGGAGUGUGGUGUAAACUGUGAGGAGAACGCUGGUGCGUCUCCCGCAGCUCAGUCGGCAUCAUUGUCGCUCAGGGACGCGCCCGAAACACCUCUCGAGGACAAGGCCAUGGCUUCGUUCACCGAAGCCAUCGGCUCAGUGCGCGUACCCCCACCUCCACCAGCGUCGUCCUCACCGAAGCAAAAGCCAACGCAGCUUGGCAAUGGUGUUGCGCGUGCGGGCAAGGCAGCGGAGUCUCCGCACUCUUCGCAACCGGCGCGGUCGCCAGCCAAGUCGAAGAAGGGGCAGGGCAACUUGCACUGCAUCAUCUGCUUCCGCAAUGACGAGGGGGAGCCGCACCUGGAGCGGUACGAGGACGCGCCGGUGCCACUUGGCGGAGCCGACGGAGCACUGCAGUGGAGGUCGUCGUCCUUGUCAUUCAGCGACAACAGCUCGAGUAGUACUGCGGACGACACAUGA